UUUCUUUCAAGUCAAUAACUGUAGAACGGUGUUCGUUGCCCGAAAAUACACGAACCUUGUGCGUUGAGAGCCAAAAGGGAAGUGUGGAAGUACAAUUGGCGGGGUUUCUCUUCUGUUGGUUGUUUAGCUGCACUAAGCUGACAACAAUGGCGGAGUUAAUAGUUAUACGUAACCAGCUUUUCGCCAAACCCUUAUCUUUUUCACCAUCAUGUAAACUAAUGCCUAUGAUACUUAAUCGCCAACCCUUCAAAUUCAGUUAUAAUCCUCAAUCUCUUUCUCCAAGUUUCAGCAGAUUCAACCGCCCCCUUCUCAUUCAUCCGAUUCCUCGAUCUCGUCUGCUGUGCAAGAUGCAAGACUCCGAUAUGAUAUCGCAGCUGGAGAUCGGAAAAUAUAGCGACAAGAGGAAGCCAGAGAAGCAAGUGAAUGGGAUAUUCUGGAUUUUACUACUUAAUAUUGGAAUCUAUGUAGCAGAUCACAUAUUUCAGGUUCGUGAGAUUAAAGCUUUGUAUUUAUACCACAAUUUUCCAGUUUGGUACCAGUUUGUGACUUCAACUUUCUGUCAUGCUGAUUGGAAUCAUCUCUCUAGCAACCUUUUCUUCUUAUAUAUAUUUGGAAAGCUUGUUGAAGAAGAAGAAGGGAAUUUUGGAGUGUGGCUUUCUUAUAUCUUAACGGGUGCUGGAGCAAAUCUUGUUUCUUGGCUUAUUCUUCCAAGAAAUGCGGUUUCUGUUGGUGCCUCUGGUGCAGUGUUUGGUCUUUUUGCAAUUAGUGUUCUUGUUAAGCUCUCGUUUGACUGGAGGAAGAUUCUUGAAGUCCUUAUACUCGGUCAAUUUGUUAUUGAAAGGGUGAUGGAAGCAGCUCAAGCUUCAACAAGUUUUGCAAGCAGUAAUAGUGCUAUGCAGAAUGUUAAUCAUAUUGCUCAUCUUUCUGGUGCUCUUGUGGGUGCGACUUUGGUGUGGCUUCUCAGCAGAGUUCCUUCUCAAUCUGUGGACCAUGAUAAUAAAAAAUGAUUAUGCAUUCAUAACAUUCCAUUUCAACCAUUGCUUCUGUUUUGUUAAUCGUUACUAACUCUGUUACAUAUUAAACC